AUGGAUGAAAAUGACUAUUUAUUAAACCUUUGGACCACUACCGCCGAGAAUUUAUUUUUCGAUGAGGAAAUUGACCAUUAUUUUAUCCACCUUCAGAAAUUAAGAUUCCUAAGUAUUCAAUUGAACAAUGAAUUCGAUUUUGAUAGUCAUCUUUUGAAAAUUGUAAUUGAUUUACUUUUACCAAUUUUAAAACGUUAUGCAAAUAGUUUGAGCUCUAACAGUAUUCAAUCUAUUGAAAAAGCAUUGAAUAUCUCUCAUGUACUCUGCGAUUUGGAGAACGAUAUUCUAAUAUACUUUUCGGAUGAUAGAUCUGUUCUAGAAACAGCAAUCAAACAAAUUAAUAAAGUUUUUUUUACCACUUUAUGUUUGAAUAUUUCUGUUGUUUGGAAAGUUAUUUUAAUCAAGAUUUUGAAAUAUGAUAUAAAGACGAUACAUUCAACAUUACCGGACUAUGCACAUUUUAUAACAGAAAUAGAAUCAUUUCAGUUAUGUAAUGGUAAAGACGUAAUUUUGGAAUCGAUAAAUGCUUUGAAAUUAGCCAUUAAUAACAUUAUUGAUACUAUGAUCGAAAAUUGCGAUAACUCCAGUGCCGAUUUUCUCAUUAAAAUAUUAAAGAUCCAAUUAAUCCAACAUUUAACCUAUGGUAUAUAUCAAUUUAAUGAAAAAGAGACAUCCUCGGGUCUACUAACAUUUUUAACAAAGGGUCAGAAUGGCAAUACCCCUUUAAUAAGUCUAUUUAGAGAUUUAAAAUUGACUGAUGGUACGCUAUCUGUCCUAUACGAUUUUUACAAAAUGAACAAUAACUGUGGUCAAUUUUUGACUGAUAUGCUUAAAUAUAGGUCAGUCUCAUUUGAAAAUGAUGACUGGAAUCAACUAUUAAAUCAAAUCGACUUGUUUGAUCCAUUUGAAAUAAGUACCUCACAUGGUGACAAUAGAAUGGAUAAGGAAGAGUUUGAACAAGGCAAUUUUUUAAGAGGGUUUGAUACAGAGUUAGACUUAAGGAACAGUCAAAAGAAUUCAAUACUCAAUAACAAAGACAUUGAAGACCGAAUUAGUUGUGAAUCUGGAAUUAUUGUGAGGUAUAAACAAACGAUAAGAAAUCAUUUCAAAAUAUCUAUAACGAAUGAAAAACAUUUCCAUGAAUAUCUACUUAAUGUCAUAGACAGUUACUACGACAUUAUCCUGGAAAAUAAAAUGGGGGAGGGUGUUUGCAGAAAAUAUAUUAGUACAAUGAGAGCUUUACUAACGCUUGUCUUAAAUUAUACCCCGAAUUUAGAAUUAUUCAUCAAGUAUUAUUAUGCCCCAAAAUUGUUGAAGAGAAUAAUUACAUACCAGAAUGUUUGGAUUCAUAAUUUCAAUACUUCUGAAAACUUUGAUCGCACCCUAAUCAAUAUGUUGCCAAAAGAGAUAAAGUCACCCCUUGUAAAUAUUACAAGGGAAUUCAUCUUACAAUUUAACAAUCCAGAGCAUUGGGAGAAACCUGAUUGUGAGUUUUCUGGAGUAUAUCUGAAAGGUUCUGAAUAUUCUUUUUCUUUACCCACAAUGAAACCAGUUUUUCCAAACGAGGAAUUUAGGAAUAAAUGGACACACGUUUUAUCUGGGAUAGAUAGAAACAGCUCUGCGAAAACACUGGAUCAAAGUAUCCAUAUUAUAGAAAUGAGUAGUCCAUUUAUAGAUGCUACAGGAAGACAAGUUACAAUAGUAUUACCUAUAACUUUAGCAUCUAUUCUUUAUUGUUUUAAUGAAGUUGAUAUUCGAGAUAUCAGUGAUAUCAAGAAAAUAUUGAAUAUAAAAAAAUCAGAAGAGAAACAGAUUGUUCGUGGUUUAAAGACUUUAUUGAAACACAACCUAUUAGUCAAAAUAAACUCAACGUUUAAGUUAAGUAUAUAUCCUAUUCCUAUAGAAGCGUUAGAUAAAGACGCUAUUUUAAGGAUCGUGUAA